AGUAGUUGAGUCAGUCAAGGUGGUUCCACUGUCUAGGGAGAAUGUCAAAGGGAGAGCAGCAAGACCUGGUGGCUAUUAAAGAACUUGAGUCAAUCCUGGAGUCCUGCAAGCUUGAACUGACACCACUAGAUGAGGUCUGGCCUAAUCUCUACAUCGGAAACGUGGCCAUAGCUCAGAACAGGGGUGCAUUAAAGAAUCUUGGCAUCACACACAUCCUAAACGCAGCUCACUUUAAGCAGGGCAGCAUCGGUGACCAGGAUUACUAUGGAAACACCUGUGUGUACUGUGGCUUCCCUACAGAAGACUCGUCCCAUUUUGACCUCAGCCAGUACUUUAAACCUGCAGCUGACUUCAUACACAAGGCCCUGAAGACUAAAGAUGGGAAGGUGUUGGUGCAUUGCAUCAUGGGUAUAAGUCGUUCUGCCACGCUGGUGCUGGCGUUCCUGAUGAUGCACUGUCGUCUGCCGCUUCGCACCGCGCUCAAACAUGUGACCCAGCGACGCGCCAUCUACCCCAACAGACAUUUCCUGUCACUACUGCUCACCCUCGACACACAGCUCACACGCAAGAGGAGACUAUGUCCUCUUCUCUGACAGUCCUUCUUUCAUCCCUCUCUCCUCCCAUCCCGCGCUCAUCUCACCUCAUAUCUAUCUAUCCAUCUCACACACAAUCCUUUAUACUGGUUGAAAAUAUGUAGUUGUAGGACUUUUACAGUAGGUACAAACUGGUAUUAAAGCACAGCAUGUUGUAUAUACUGUAUGUUGUAUAUACACAGCAUGUUGUAUAUACUGUAUGUUGUAUAUACACAGCAUGUUGUAUAUACCAUAUAAUGCGGUAGCAGGAUUCCCUGGAGUUAAUGUCGAUGCUCAAUGCCUUUUAAAAUUAAAAAUAUCUAAAGAAUUUGAACUUUUCAACAUCCCAGUGUUAGCCAGUGGUGAUAGUUGAACCUGCUGUGAGUUGUGCAGCUGAGCAUUGUCUCCUGGGAAUCUAUCAGU